AUGAGGUGGUUAUCUUCCCCGCUUCGGGAUUGCGCGUCCCCCCGCGAGGCCACUGUCCCACCACGGUCGCGAGUCUUCAUUUACCUCGGUUUAGUAGUGACAUUGCUGCUUUUAUCAUAUCAGCUGAUUCUUGACCGAGCACCGAGUAUAGGGACAAGCUGGACAACUAUUCAGGGUAUAAUUGUGGCCGAUGAUGAUCGCUUCGUUCCGGAUGUUGUACCCGCCGAGAAGGAGUUGGUUCUCGCGGCUAUGCAAGCUAGCAAUAUGUCCUGGGUCGAGGAACACCUGCCAGAAUGGCGGGUGAAUAUCUAUCGUGCGGAUGCGAAACACGGAGAUGGUGGAUUGACCGUGCCCGUAAAUAAGGGUAAUGAGGCUAUGGUCUAUCUGACGUACGUUUUUGAUAUCUCAACCCUUCAAUCGUCAAUCCCAAGCUCCAAAGUUGUUAUCAUGCUAAUGGCCUUCUUCACCAGCUAUAUCAUUGAUCGUUACUGGUCCCUUCCUGAAGUAUCAAUCUUCCUGCAUGGCGGCCGCUACCAAUGGCAUGUCGAUAACCCGCUCUAUGACUCCGUGAUCUCCAUCUCCCAUCUCAACCUCGCCUUCGUCAAAGAGGCCGGGUAUGUGAAUCUGCGCUGCGCAUGGAGUGUCGGUUGUCCCGCAGAACUCGAGCCCGCCCGCUAUCUCCGCGAGAGACCAGAAGACAAAGCACAUCCCACCGCAGUCGAGUAUCCCGAUCGGUUUAUGGAGCUAUUUCCACACGCGGAACUUCCGGAGGCUGUCGGGACGCCGUGUUGUAGCCAGUUUGCUUUGUCCAAGACGAAGAUUCACGAGCAGAGUCUGGAGGAUUAUGUUCGUUUGCAGCGGUGGCUGAUGGACACGGAUUUGGAUGCCGGCAUCAGUGGCCGUAUUCUGGAGUAUUCAUGGCAUAUGAUCUUUGGAAAACCGGCUCAGUAUUGUAUCGACCAACGUGAAUGUUAUUGCCAGACAUACGGUUAUUGUAAUAUGACCGAUAGUGACAUCCAGAAGCAGUGGGUAUGGCGCGGCUUACAGCUGCCAGAAGGAUGGCCAGAAGAGAGCGAAACUGCGGAAUAG